AUGAGAAGCCAAAAUGUGGCUCAAUGGGGUCUCAUCAUCUUAGUAAUUGGGAUCUUUUGUGGUGUGCUUGUUGAGGCUAUGCUGGUGGAAAGAAAUGUGAACGAUGGAGGUCAGAAAAUGAAGAGUGGAAUGAUAAAUAGCAACCACAGAAAUGCAUACCAUCGGUUGACAGCUGGAGGUUAUGGAGUUGGAGUAGGUGGUGGUGGAGGUGGUGGUUCUGGAUAUGGCUAUGGUGGUGGUGGUGCAGGUUUUGGCUCAGGUGGUGGAAAAGGAGGGGAAGGAAAAGGAGGCGGUUUUGGGGCUGGAGGUGGAUUUGGCAGAGGUGGCGGUUAUGGGACUGGUGGUGGCUCUGGUAUCGGCCAAGGUGGUGGUAGUGGUGGAGGUGUAGGUGGGGGCUAUGGUGGCGGAGGUGGAAUGGGCCAAGGAGGUGGAAUUGGUGGCGGAGGUGGGGGCUCUGGCUUUGGGGGUGGUGGUGGUUUUGGAUCAGGGAGUGGUUCAGGUGGCUAUGGAAGUGGAGGCGGUUUUGGCUCUGGCUCUGGCUCUGGCUCAGGCUCAGGUUCAGGGUAUGGUGGUGGCGGCGUAGGAAAGUCAGUUGAUGGUGGUGCUUAA